CUUUCGCAUUCCUAUUCCCCUCCCAAAAUGGCAGCAAAAACAGGCCCCGUAUCAAGCACAAGCUCGACGGCGCCGCCCCGUGACUGCAGCAAAGAGUCCAGGCGCCGUGGCAUGCCACUGCGGUGCCGCUCCUUCGCCGCGGGGUAACCGUCCCGGGCGUGGCCGUGCAGACGCGGUUCGGGGCUGCAGGCACGCAGGGACGAUGCGCUCGGCCGCGCUCGGAUACGGCGCCGUUGCUCUGAGGCGAGGCUACGAGCAAGAGAUCCUCCCCCAGCCGCCCCAACCCCUCUCCCCAAGUCCCCAUACCCCAAUCGCAUCCCUCUAUAAAAUCUCCCGAUUCCCCUGCACGCCCCUCUUUUUCUCCCGCGAUUCCAAGAACAAUUCCCCAUCCGGCCGCAUUGCCAAGGAAGCCACCGCCUCCCGCUCUUCCCCCAUCCGCCCCGCGGAGAUCUUCGGCACUCCGAAGCCAUGGAGGACGUCGACGACGUCGACGACCUCGAGAGGUCCCUCCUAGCUUCCACGGUCCUCGCCUUCGCGGCCGUCCGAGCGGAACGGGCUAGCCAGCUGGUGGACCUGGCCAGGCAGACCGCCGCCGCGGCCGCGGAGGUGGAUCCUCCCGCCUCGGGACACCUCACCGAGUCCGCGGACUCCAUGGCGCGGGCCGUCAUGGCCCUCUCCGUCGCGGACGCGUACACCAGGCCUCGGGCGGCAGUGGAGCUCGGGGCCUGCGCGGCCAAGCUGUCCAUGGCCGCUCGUGAGGUCAACAUCGAGCUGGCAGACGCAGCCUACGACCUCGCGAGGGAAUCCGAGGAUUUGACACGGAUGGCCGCCGACCUCAAGGCCACCAUGCUGGGAUUCGCCCGCCAGCAGAAUCGAGGCCUCCUGGGUCAGAUUGCCGCGUUCUGCACCUCCAGAGUUCGGCCUUCUUCCGUGCGAUCCUUCGCCGAGGGGGGUACCUCGGUGAUGCAGCCAUUGGGGCUUGGUAUGUCCCUCCGCCUCUUCCCUUACAUGGGGAGGCAGGGAAUUCUUAGCUCGGACAACUUCUCUGAUAAUGAGCUAUGGUUGUUUAAUAUCAUUUUCUGUUCCUGGUGGAUCCUGGUGUCACUAGGAGUAGCUGCCAGUUUGUGCCCCGAGACUAGGCUUCUGAUGGAGUAUGCUCGGCUAUCCAGCCACCUUUCUAUGCUAGGGAUUACCAUUUUAGUUAUCCUCUAUGGUUACGUGAUGCUAGCACCCGACGCAUGGAUCGCUGUCCUAAUUUUCCUAGCUGUUUCAUGUUUUUUUCACGUUCUGUUUUACCUACAGUCAUGCCACAGAAGCGGCAUGUGAUGCGGUAUCGCCCAGGAAUGAGAAGCUGGAAAUUUAGAGAAAGGUGCCUUGCUUGCCAACCGAUCGAGUGCUUCCAUAGUAGAUGCUUCUAGUUAGCAGUUUUGAGAAGGGCGUUUGUACAUGAAUUUGCCAUAUAGAGAAGUUCAGGAUAUUGAUUUAGGAUUGUAGUGAUUUGGUAUUUUGCCUUUCUACAGUAGAUGCUUCUGGUGGUGUUUCUUUGAUUACUUCGCUACGGCUUCCCCCAAUCACAUGGUUCCAGGAUGUGAUCUCAUCCAAUAUACGUUUGCUCAGUGCUCAUUGGAUUGAGAACACUUGGAUUCUUUUAUACAGUACUAACAUGAGAUUCUUACUGGGUGAGGAGGACGUGCAGACAUUGUGAGUGCCUAUUUUGCGCUUA